ACGUAUCUUUCAUUUCUUGAUUAUAAUACAUCAUGAAUUGAUUUAGAAAUGUUUUCCACUUGAUGUCUUACAAUUUUACUAGUACUGUCUGCUUUGACAUAUCUGUUGGUUUAUUUUUACCCAAAAAAAUAAAAAAUAAAUAAACUAAACAGAUGGUGACUAAUGUUUCAAAUGCUUACAUUAGUUUUUAAGGGGUUAAUGGGGUUCCAAUAUCAUGGAGAGAAAUCCUUGAGACGUCUACCAUAUAGUGCAUACCAGUCAUUCGACGAAAUUACUAUCAUGACACAAAACGCCGACAGUGAAUGAUAGAUACUUGAAUAAAAUAUCUACACACCUACUGGUUGUUGUUGACUGAAGAAUAAUAUAUGGAGAAACUUGGUCUUAUUGUGACUUAUGAGUAAUAAACAGACUUGCAUUAUAGCCAGAGUUGACUUUGAUGUGGGGAUCUUGAUCCUGACUUGUUGACUUCUCUGGCAUUUCAUUUUGUAGACGACAAAGUGUUUGUUGAUCAAAUCCUUUAUAUGGUGGAGAGAAAGCAACUGAAAAGCAUAUUAAACUCUUAAUUUUAAGGCCUCGAAAGUUAUUGGUUGUUGUUUGAUGAAUAAUAAACAGACGAAGAAUAAUAUAAGGAAAAAUUGGCCUUCAUGUUACAGCCAUAGACGACUUUGAUGUGGACCUUGACUUUGGAACCAUGAUUUACGUUAAGAAAAAUGCUAUAAUUCAAUAUUUCAUUUUUAUACUCUAUAUGUGCAAAACCAUAAUUAAUUUGAGUUCUUGCUGCUUUAUUCUGAUUUCUGAUUGUAAUCUUUUCUGUUCUUAAAAUGAUAAUUGGAGAGAUCUUCCUUAAAUUUCUCCACAUGAUUGUUGUUGUGCUACUUCUGUUAUGCAUGAAAAUGAAACCAGCUCCUGGAUUAUUCACUUUGGGAGUUGGAGAUGAUGCUAAUGUGAGGUGCAUAGAGAGGGAGAGACGAGCUCUCCUUGAUUUUAAACGUAGCCUUGUUGAUGAUUAUGGUCUUCUCUCUUCUUGGGGGAGCGCAAAAGAGAAUAAAGACUGCUGCAAAUGGAGAGGAGUCUGGUGUAGCAACCGCACUGGUCAUGUCAUCAUGCUUGAUCUUCAUGUCCCGCCCCCUCUCUACGGUUCCUAUCAGCGUUUGCAAGGUAAGAUUAGUCCUUCAUUGCUUGAAUUGCAGCAUUUGAAGUAUUUAGACCUCAGUUACAAUGAUUUUGGAGGGAACCACAUCCCCAAGUUCAUUGGUUUCCUCCGAAGAUUACAACACGUUAAUCUUACAGGGGCUGGCUUUUCCGGCGAAGUUCCAUCUCAGUUUGGGAACCUUUCGGAAUUGUGCUCUCUUGAUCUCAGCCGUAAUGAUUUGAGUGUAAAAAAUCUUAGGUGGCUUUCUCAUCUUUCUUCAUUAAGAUUCCUUGAUCUGAGUACCGUUGACCUUAGUGAAGCAACUGAUUGGAUGGAGGCAACUAGUAAUCUUCCUCUUUUAACAGACUUGCAAUUGUCUUCUUGUAGACUGCGUGCUGUCAUUCCCUCCACUCUUUCGUUGAUUAAUUCUUCGAAGUCUCUUGCUUCCCUUAAUCUUUCUGUGAAUUCUCUCACAUCUUCAAUAUUCAGCUGGUUGUGCAACUUCAAUAGCAGUCUUGUUGAAGUGUAUCUUUCUCAGAACAACUUGCAAGGUCUGAUUCCAAAUGCUUUUGGAAACCUGAAUUUCCUAACCCAUCUUGAUCUCUCUUCCAAUCACCUUGAGGGCGGAAUUCCAAAAUCUUUUGGGAACUUGAGUAGUUUACGAACAUUACAUCUGUCACAAAACAAUUUAACAGAACAGCUUCCUAAGUUUCUUCAGAACUUGUCAGGGCCUGUGGAGAACACAUUAGAGAUUUUGCAAUUGAGUGAGAAUAAACUCAGUGGUUCAUUACCAGAUAUUACAAAAUUUUCAAACUUGAGGGAAUUGUAUCUUGAUUAUAAUCAAUUGAAUGGAUCUUUCCCGGAAAGUUUUGGACAAAUUUCCACCAUUGUUGUUCUAGAUCUUUCUGAAAAUUGUAUUACGGGGUCAUUGCCUCGUCUUACAGUAUUUUUAUCAUUGAGAGAGUUGCAUCUGUCGAACAAUCAGAUAAAUGGGACACUAAUUGAAGCCCACUUCUCCAAUCUCUCCAACUUACAACACUUGGACUUAUCUUGUAACUCGUUGGUUUUAAACUUCAGUUCUGAUUGGAUUCCUCCUUUUCAACUGGAUGUCAUAAAGUUGCGCUCUUGCCAGUUGGGGCCUCGUUUCCCAAACUGGCUUCUAACUCAAAACAAUUAUUCUGAGCUUGAUAUCUCUGGUGCUGGAAUUUCAGAUACUGUCCCUAAACGGUUUUGGGAUUUAUCCCCCAAACUGGCUUACCUAAAUCUCUCGUCCAACCAAAUCAAGGGAAUGGUGUACAAUUUGUCAUUAAAGAAUCUCUAUAGUGAUCAACUUCAUAUAGAGAUAGAUUUGAGCUCUAAUCAUUUUGAAGGUCCCAUACCACUUUAUGAUCCCAGUGUGACAUCAUUGCAUCUCUACAACAAUACAUUUUCAGGGUCAGUUUCUUCCUUAUGCAAGAUGAAAAGUGCGUCUUUUACUACUGCUAUAGACCUCUGCAUUAACCUACUAUCAGGAGAGCUUCCUGACUGUUGGAUGCAAAUGGAAAACUUACUCAUUCUUGAUUUCGCUAACAAUAAUUUGACUGGGAGAAUUCCUAGCUCUAUUGGCUUCCUCCAUCAGCUUCAAACCUUGAAUUUGCGCAACAAUAAUUUUAUUGGCGAAUUGCCUUCGUCCUUGAAGAAUUGCCGAAAUUUGAUACACUUGGAUCUAGGAGAAAAUAAAUUAUCAGGAAAAAUACCAACAUGGAUAGGGUCACACCUAACGAGAAUGAUGAUUCUUAGUCUCCGAUUGAAUGAGUUCUUUGGAAGCAUACCUGUGAAUAUAUGCCAUCUUAACAAAAUUCGUAUCUUGGAUCUCUCUCAAAACAAUAUAUCUGGAAAUAUACCAUGGUGCAUCAACAAUUUCACAUCAUGUGUUCAAAGGGGUGGUGAUGAUGAAGAAAUCCUUUUUCCACAUUUUAAAGGUGUUCAUUAUUUGGGUUCUGUGGAUUACAUGGACAGUGUGACGUUGCUAUGGAAAGGACAAGUCUCUCAGUAUAAAAAAACCCUAGGACUAGUAAGAGGUAUUGAUCUCUCGUGCAAUAAAUUGUCUGGAAAAAUUCCUCAAGAAUUCUCAAGUCUUGCAGAAUUAAUCUUCUUGAACCUAUCGAGAAACAAUUUGACAGGAACCAUUUUUCAAAACAUCGGUAAUAUGAAAAUGUUAGAAGCUCUCGAUUUGUACAAAAACCAGCUUUUUGGUGAGAUUCCUACCGGCAUUGCUCGUCUAAAUUACCUUAGUGUCUUGAACUUGUCAUAUAACAAUUUAUACGGCAGAAUUCCAGCAAGCACUCAACUACAGAGCUUCGAUGCUGCUUCUUAUAUUGGGAAUCAAGAACUUUGUGGGCUUCCACUACCUAAAAAGUGCCCAGGAGAUGAUACAGAUGCUGUAGAUCCUUCUUCCGUUGAUGACUGCCAAAAAGACAACAACAUUCAAGAGGACAACUUCAUAACCCCUGAAUUUUAUAUCAGUAUGGGGUUAGGUUUUGGUGUUGGAUUUGGUGGAUUAUUUGGGACUUUAUUGCUCAAAAGGACAUGGAGAUAUGCUUAUUUGAAGUUGUUGAACAACAUAGCAGAUUGGCUCUAUGUGACAGCAGCUGUGAAUAUGGCCAGACUGCGGAGGAGGCUUCAAAGUUAAUUGUGUAAGCUCCUACACCCAACAAAAUGAGCUUUUGUUCCUCCUGAAGAACAUGAAACGGCCUUUUGGGUAUCUGCCUUCGGCUAACUCCUUUCUCUAUUUCUUGAAGAAAAUAAUUUUAUAAAUAUUUUUUAUGUAUUUUAUUUUGGAACUAGUAUGUGUGUUCUUAAAGACUUCCAUAAUUUAUUUUGAACUAGUUGUGUGAUGAUUGAUGAUUAAAUAGUUUGGCUAUCUCAUGUUUGUCCUCUUUUGUAUUCUUAUAAGUUGUGGAUCAUUGGCCUUGAUUACACCUAAUGUCCAGUUUCCAAAUUUUAAAUUCUACCUUAUAAGCUCUUUUGCUUCAUCCAUUAAUAAGCUCUUUUGCUUAAAUUCUACCUUAUAAUCCCUUAAUAAGCUCUUUUGCUUCAUCCAUUUGACUAGGAUUUCAAAAGAAAAAAAAUAAGAAAAAAGAUGUAUGACUAGCUCCUCCUAUCUAUUUCUUGAAAAAUGUAACAUUUCCUAUAUAUAUAUAUAUAAAUAUAUAUCUCAGUGUGCACAGGGGUCAUCUAUGGCUUAAAUUUGACAAUUUGCAUGCAAUACAUAUAACACAUAGUUUUUAUGUACACUUUAGCACAUGCAAAUUCUACCUAAUUAAUACACUCUUUGUAAACAUUUGUGCACUCUUGAACCCCUAGGGCUUUGCACACCCACCUCUGCACUUCGUAAAGUUGAUACUCCUUCAAAUCGCCACUUUGGAUGGCAUGAUUUCACCCCUUUUAUUGUAUUUCUUUAUACGAGGUUGGCCUGCAUUUCAUUGCUCUUAAAUUAUUUGAACUACACACUCUUAACAACUAAAAUUUAAGAAGAUAUCAUAGUAGAGCAGGAAAGAACACUUGGGAAGUGUGACAAUCUCCGAAAUUUAUAAAACACAUAGGUUACGUUAAGAUUGUUUGCAGCAAGAUUUGGUUGAGUUAUGCAAAUUUGUACUCCUCAAAUGGUUUGUAGCUAGAAACACUCAUCUCACUAUUUUGUACCUCAUGUUCUUCUCGGUACUGAAUAUAGGCAACCCUUUGCAUAAAUGCUAAUAAUUGUUAUCAGUAGUCAUGAAUCUAAAUUAGUAUGAUUAUAAGGAAGCACCUAGAAGCACAAGAGCAACCAUCUUUUUUUCCUGAAAAAUAACACAUUCACUCAUUUUGUCCACGGAAUUUGAACCUUUAAACUAAUUCAAGAAGUUGAGACCACAAACUUCAUGCAAGUGCAACUAUUAACUAGUAACUUGAUCUUUGCAUCGAAGAAACAGUAUCAUUCAAAAUUGGUGAGGGUGCUUGAAUGGAAGAGAGUUCUGGGAUGAUGGAAUGCCACCCUCCUUAGCUGCAGAAUCUUUCUCCAGCUCCUAGAAGCAUUUGUUCUUCAUCAGAGUGGUUACUGUGGGCCGUGGCGUUUUCCUGCUGACUACAAGUGUGAAGUUACGGAGAAUGGUGCUCCAUUGCACGGUUUGCACCAACCAGGUGCUUUCCCUGGAGUUCUACAAGACAUUGGAGGUGGUACCUCAGGUGCAUUGGAGGCUACAGGAUGAGCCUUUUAUCACUUCCAGUGAGUCGCAACCAAAGUAGUGUGCUGCUUGCACUUGUUUUGAUUCUUUAUCAAGAAAUGUUGUUCCAAAGCUGAAAUCAUCUUUUAUGCUGUCUUAUUCAUGUUUGUUUUGUCAAAAUAGUUUGUCUAUUGGAUCAAACAGAAUUUAUGGGUAAGACAAUCUUAAACCAUUAAUAAUAAUCUCUAAUUGAAACUCAAACAGGCCCUUGGUGAAAUCGCUUAAUUGCUUACAGAAGGUCUCAGACUGAGAAUGUAUUACUGAUUAUUUCAUUUUAACCAUAGUUUUAAUUCGUGAGUCAUCGUCAGACUUUGGUGUAGUUCCAAUCUGAUGUAAGUUACUGAAUUUACGACCUAAUUUGAAUGUAUUACUGAUUAUUUCAU